AUGCCCAAGUCCAAGAGACAGCGCACGAAGACGCUGACGCAGGCGAACAAGAAGGGCAACGAGCUGAAGAAAAACGUGGUAGAAGCCAUUCAGAAUGCUGUCGAUACGUACGAGUCUGUCUACGUCUUCAGCUUCCAGAACAUGCGCACCAGCCAUUUUAAGGAUGUGCGUAUGGACUUCAAAGACAGCCGCUUCUUUCUCGGCAAGAACAAGGUCAUGAAACUUGCGCUCGGACGUUCCAAGGAGGACGAGUAUGCCGAGAACCUCUUUCGCCUGUCCAAGGAUGUCAGCGGCAACACCGGUCUCCUGUUCACCAACAAGCCGCGCGACGAAGUGGUGGACUACUUUACCAAGCUGUCGGUCAGCGACUAUCCGCGUGCUGGUUUUGUGGCUACUGAUACGAUAACGGUCCCCGAGGGCCCGCUGCCACAGUUCAUUGGCAGCAUGCUCGAGUCGCUGCGUGGCUUGGGACUUCCUGUGGACUUGAAGAACGGCGUCGUCGUGCUUAGCCGGAACUACAUCAUCUGCAAGUCUGGCCAGACGCUGACUCCAGAACAAGCCAAGCUGCUUGUGCACUUUGAUCACAAGCUGGCUGAGUUCAAGCUUGUCAUGUUGAGCGUCUGGUCCAAGGACACGUAUGAGCGGCUCUCGGUUGAUGAAGCUGUGACCUCUGGCGAGGACGAUGUGGAAGACGAGGAUAUGUAA